ACAAAAAGAAACAGCAUGUAUACAUAUAGGCCGAGCUAGUCAGCGCACCCGCAGCUGCACGCACGAAAACGGUAACUGUGAAUCACAAGUGCAAAAUAGUUAGGUUGAUAAGUUGAAAUAUGAAUAUGUUGAACACAUUUUGUCAUACCAUGAACCUACUAUCAGGUCCAUGGUUAUACUGAGAAGUGAAAGCGGGCGAAUGUGACGAGUAAUUAUUCCCCGGGACACGAGUUUAUAAUCAACAGCCUUCCCCUCUUUCAGUUUCACUUUAGUCUUAACUUGACUAUGGGCAUGGGAGUGACAAUUAUGUCGUCGUUCAGCAUGUUCAGCAAUCCAUUGAUGGUCUGUGCAGUCGCUGCUGCUGCGUUCUAUUUUUGCCCGGAGAAUGGAUUCGAAAUCCGAGUUCCGAGAUAUGUCUUGCAAUGCAUCAUGGGUAGCGGUUUCCUUUACGGCGGUUACAAAAUCUUCUUCUCUAAACCGGCAUCUGCUGUGAAAUCCAAGUUCAUCUACUUUUCAUCAAAAGAGACCAUGACAGCGCAGACUGCAAGGGAAUACAAAACAGACAAAAUGGAAAUGACAACAGAACACCCCUGCCCUAAAGUCGUUCAUCCCAAUGACGUUCUUGUGCGCGUAUGCGCAGCGUCGGUCAACCCCAUUGACCACCGGAUAAUAGCUGGACACGCACGGCCCGUCUUCGAUCAAAUGCGCCUACAAAAAGGGUUGCCGUGCGGUGGUGCGGAGCUACCACUCGUCGUUGGUCGGGAUUGUUCGGGUGUUAUCGAAGACGUAGGAUCGAAAGUCGACAAGUUUAAGAUAGGUGACGAGGUCUUCGUGGCAAUAGGCGCGGAGGAUACGCCAGGAACCUUUGCUGAGAAGGUGUUGGUCAAAGACUUCAUGGUCGCCAAGAAACCAUCAACGGUCGAUCACACCAAGGCUGCCUGUAUACCGUACGUCUGCACCACAACCUGGGGUGCGCUUGUUGGCCGAUGCGGACUGGGACCGAAAAGCACGGCAGGAAAAAGAGUUCUUAUCCUUGCUGGUACGGGAGGAAUAGGGACAUUCGCCAUCCAGCUUGUCAAGGCUUGGGGAGGUCAUGUGACAACUACCUGUCGCACAGAUGGUAUCGACUUGGUGCACAAAUUAGGUGCUGAUGACGUCAUAGACUACGCGAAAGGAACCAUAGAAGCUGCUCUUGCUGAACGGCCCAAGUUCGACGUAAUCUUAGUGACUAUUGAUCCUCGAGCCAUUGCGCCAUGCCAAUCCGCCUUGAAGAAAGGUGGCAAGCUGGUAACCAUAGUGGUUCCUUUCAUUGACAACUUCAGGAAACAUGGCAUGCUUCUCGGAAGGAUGGUCAACGCUUUGCUUAAACUCAGAUGGAAAAUUGAGGAUUUCCUGUAUGAUCGGACUACCAUGAUUUCCUUCAAUCGACCAAAUGGUGGCGCCCUAGAAGCAGCAAGAAAAUUGAUUGAUGACGGAAAGAUCCGUCCGGUGAUUCAGAAGACCUUUCCUUUCGAGGCUGCAAACGAGGCAUUGGAGUACGUUAAGCAGGGUCAUGCCCGAGGAAAGACGGUCAUCGUGAUGCCAAAUGCUGAGAAACGUCACGAAGGUGCCAAAUCUGAAGAGUUAAUAAGUGAAUGAUGAGACACCUUCCCUCAUCAUGCUCUUGGACGUAUGUACAUACCGCGUGGCCGAGCUCAAAAGAGUCACUAUCUUUUAAGAAGGGUGUUUAAAGGGGAAAUCGGUUUUCUUGGGGCGCCUACGUGACCCGUUUAUACUUGGUUUAUGUCCAUCGUAGAUUGAAAUACGACGAUUGCAAAAACUGUCUCCGUAACCAGGUAGGACGCUUAAACCUAGUCUGCAGGCACAGACCCUGAUUGGAACUGUGAUCAACAAGUGUGCCUCCACACAAAGACUAGCACAUACAAAGCUUGCUGUUCCAGAGCCUAAACAGCACACAAGGCAUAUAGGCUGCACAUUCAGACUCUUGACUCAAGUGAAGGGUUUGCCCAGCAGACUAGCUUUAACCCACCAUAGGUAUGAUUGUACAGCUUCUGUCGGAAUCAAAAAAAAAUUGUACAAAAAUAGUCAUGAUGUUAAUAGUAACAGUAAAACGAGCAACAACAAAAAACAAAACGAAACAAUGAUGACCCAUUUCGUUUAUGUUGAUGAAAAUAUAAAUCAUCUAAUUUCACACUAGUCACAAACUAUCAUUGCGACAAUUUAGUAGGCCUGAAUAGAUGGUAAUAGUCUGCAAGAGAACAGCGAAAUAUACAGCAUCCAUCUCGCAGACACUUUCUGCAACGCUCAGAAUACUAUUGAAAUGCCCGUCAAAAUCCCAAUGGACAGAUAAGAGUUCAUUGUCGAAAGUUGGUGGACCGCGGGACAGCGCAUCGAACUGGACAAAAACGUCGAAAUGUAUCGUUUGCCCAGAGUCCAGGACGACACUGAUCUUUUCAGUCACCGAUUUCGACUAAGGCUGCUUUGCUAUGAAGCCUUUUUUAAUAAAAGAUUUUCUGCGUUAUAGAAAGCGUCUGCAAAUGAAUUGCUUAUAUGCUUAUAUAAUUUCAAGGACUUAUACUAUAUUGGAUUUUGUACGUCACGAGUCACUUUUGACAAAGUGUUGAUUGAGUAGAUGUUGUGUCAACAUUUCCGAGUUUGAUAUUGUGUUGAAAAUGUUUUAAGUGCCUGAAGUUCGUUGCCAACCGAAGACUGCUUGAUUGAAACAAAAUUAUUGUCUAUAAUAUUGUUAUAGGGGCUUAGAAUGGCGGAAUCAACGAAAUUAGUAUAUUAUUUGAUUUAAUUCGUCUCCGAUUUCAUGGGUCUAUUUAAAUUGUUAGUAAUUUGAUAGACGCUCAAAGACAAUAUAAAACAACAGUCUGAAGCAUUAAAUGUUAAAUCAUCUUUUGAAAGGUUGGACAGGUGACUACUAUAUCUGAAUGUUAUAUCAAACCUUGCAAUCCAGCAUUUUGAUUAUAGGGUCGAACCUUUUUAACUGGUAAAUG